UAACUUCUUUGCAAGAACCACACGAGAGACAGUUUGGCCAUUUUACGCUUGCAAGCCAUCAGCACCCUGUGUGGUACAGAGGUGCUUGAAAGCAGUCUGACUUACGCCUCUUGCAAGGGAAUAUUUAUUGAGAGAACGCAGGGUGGGGGUGAGAGUGAACAGGUUUCGGGGGUCACCUCUGCAACCUGGUUAAUCAGUGCAGAGGGUCUUAGCUCUUUGUUUUACAAGGUUGUAUAAACAGAAACUAGUGGAGCAUUUUAGAUAACUAACUAAGCAAGAAUGUUUCCACAUCAUCUGGAAAGUUUCAACAACUGAAUGUGGAAAGGUAAAAGGUUUUAACAAAGUUGAUGAUUCUAGUCUACAUUCCUACAUAAUCAUAUGAUCACAAUAAUUUGUCAACUCUAAAAGAAGUCAUGCUCACAUUCCUCUUAUGCUGCGUUCACAUCAAAGUUUCUGGCGACGCAAUUCAAUCAUAGUUGACAGAGUUUGUGCGUGCUGGCGCGUGUGGGUGCAGAGUGGUGCGUUUGGGAUUGGGACGUGGGGACACGCAACGCAAAAAAUUGUCAUUUGAUUCUCUACGCUUUGCGUCACCCAAUCACCUUCGGGAACGUACCACAUGACACACUGCAUCAUAUACCGGGGGAAUGUGUGGAGAAGGAGAGAACCAAACGGGAGUCGCUGAUGGUGCAGGGGUACACUUGCCUGUCGUGUACCGACACGUGAGUUCGAUUCCCGCAUAUGAUAGUGUGUGCGUGUGUGUGUGUGUGUGUGUGUGUGUGUGUGUGUGCGUGUGUGUGACCAAAAACGGGAAAGAACCAAAUGCAGGAAAAGAUGAUCUAGAAACUACAACAUAUCCAUGUGUAUGUGUGAUCAAAAAAAAGGAGAGAACCAAAUGCAGGAAAAGAUGAUCUAUGAACUACAACAUAUCCAUGUAACAAUACCGGGACAAAGGUACUAAAUGGGAGCUGGCUUGGAGAAAUGUGAGUGGCUUACUUGGGAUUUACUUGGGAUGUUUUUACUUUUUUUUCCACCUGUUGACCUUCCGGCACAAAUGUUUACAUGACAGUAUUAGUACAGUAUCGGCCACUCAAUGUUGAAAACUUUUUUUUUUUGUCAUCAGAAGAGUUUUGUUGUAAAAAAUGGCAAAGUCUGUGGGACUUUUCCGACACGUGGCGACAGCUUCCUGGACCUGGUCUACUCUUCGCAUAAAGGAGCUUUCAAAGCCGCCCCCCUCCCCCACCUUGGACUUUCUGACCGUAUCACCGUUAUGCUUUUGCCCGCAUACAGACAAAUGGUGAGGGCAUCCAGACCGGUUCGCAAGCGGGUCCGGGUGUGGCCGGAGGGUGCCUCUGAUGCGCUUUGUGACUGCUUUGGCACUACUGACCGGGACAUGUUUAGGCGGGCUGCCACUUGCGACGAUCGGACAGACAUUGAGGAGUAUACUGACUCUGUUUCCUCCUACAUCACAAAGUGCAUUGAUGAUGUGACUCCCUCAAAAUCCAUCGUCACUCGGGCUAACCGGAAGCCAUGGCUGACAGGGGCUGUCUUCAGGCUGCUGAGGGCCAGGAACAAAGCCUUUAGAGCGAGGGAUGAGGCUGGCUUGAGGACUGCGAGGGCCGAUCUGUCCCGGGGCAUCAAGGAAGCAAAGAGGGCGUUCUCUUGCAAAAUUACCGCCCACUUCAAGGACAGCAGGGACGCACGGAGCCUUUGGCAGGGCAUUCAGACCAUCACGGACUACAAGCCCGCGCCGCAGAGCUGUGCAGGAAACGUCCGUCUGCUAAAUGAUCUUAACCGCUUCUUUGCUCGCUUGGACGCUCAGAACAGCACUUGCCCGCUGAAGGCCACUCCCCCUUCACACGAGCAGCCCCUGUGCCUCUCUGCCGACAGCGUGAGGAGGGCGCUUGCCGCUAUAAACAUCCGUAAGGCGGCGGGCCCUGACAACAUCCCGGGUCGAGCGCUGAAGGACUGCGCUGGAGAGCUGACGGGUGUCUUCACGGACAUCUUUAACAUUUCCCUGCAGCAGGCCAUCGUCCCGUCGUGUUUCAAGGCUGCCACCAUCGUACCUGUGCCAAAGAAACCCGCUCCGUCCUGCUUCAAUGACUACCGCCCCGUGGCACUUACGCCCAUCAUCAUGAAGUGCUUUGAACGGCUUGUCAUGGAGCACAUCCGAUCCGUUCUCCCCCCCACCAUAGACCCCUUCCAGUUUGCGUACCGAGCCAAACGGUCCUCUGAGGAUGCCAUCUGCUCUGCCCACCACUCGGCCCUCACCCACCUGGAGAGAAGGGACUCGUAUGUGAGAUUGCUGUUUGUGGACUUCAGUUCUGCCUUCAACACCAUUGUGCCGCAACGUCUCAUCUGCAAACUUGACAAGCUGGGCCUCAGUACCUACCUCUGCAACUGGCUACUAGACUUCCUCUGUCAGAGGCCACAGGUGGUACGUGUUGGCAACAAAAUCUCUGCCAGCAUCACGCUGAGCACAGGGGCCCCCCAAAGCUGGGUGCUCAGUCCGCUGCUCUUCACCCUGCUGACGCAUGACUGCACUGCAACCUACAGCGACAACCGCAUAGUGAAGUUUGCUGACGACACGACUCUGGUGGGUCUCAUCACCAAGGGAGACGAGACUCAAUACAGGUUGGAGGUUGACCUUCUGACCACGUGGUGCAGGGACAACAACCUCCUGCUGAACGUCGACAAGACCAAGGAGAUUGUUGUUGACUUCCGGAAGGGUCACACCCAACACCUGCCGCUGACCAUCGACGGUGGUGGAGAGAGUAAGCAGCGCCAGGUUCCUGGGGGUGCACAUCAGUGAGGAUCUCUCCUGAUCCACCACCACCGCAUCACUGGCGAAGAAGACCCAGCGCCGCCUGUACUUCCUGCGGAAACUCAGGCGAGCGAGCGCUCCUCCGGCCGUCAUGACUACAUUUUACCGUGGCACCAUUGAGAGCGUCCUCUCCAGCUGUAUUGCUGUUUGAGGUGGUAGCUGCGCUGACUACAACAUGAAGACCCUGCAGCGCAUAGUGAACACGGCUGGUAAGAUUAUUGGUUCUUCACUCCCCUCCUUGAAGGACAUUUACACCUCCCAUCUCAUCCGCAAGGCGGCCACGAUUGUGAGUGAUGUGAGUCACCCCGCUCACUCUUUGUUCGAUCUUCUGCCCUCUGGGAAGAGGUACAGGAGCCUGCGCUCCCGCACCACCAGACUCACCAACAGCUUCAUACUCCAGGCUGUUAGGAUCCUGAACUCGCUCCCCCGUUCUGCGUAGCGUCCUGUACUUUUACUGUCUGAACUGUCAGGCUGUUAGGAUCCUGAACUCUCUCCCCCUUUCUGCGUAGUGUCCUGUACUUCCGCGCUAUGCUUACUGUCUGCUCUAUGCACAGUGCACACUUGCUCCGUUUUGCUCCUUUUAUUUAUUGUGUUAUUUAUUAUUAUUUAUUCAUCACUCUUAUUAUUUAUUGUUUGUGCCUUCAUGUUUUUAUUUAGUGUCGUUUACUUGUAGGUCUAUCGUGUACUAUGUCUCGUCACCGUGGGAUAGAGGAAACGUAAUUUUGGUUUCUUUGUGUGUACAAGUACAAGUCGCACUAGCCAUAAAAUGCAUAAUAAAGAAAAAAAGUCCCACUGGAGUACAAGUUGCAUUUUUUGGGGAACGUUGACAAAAUCCAACACCAAGAACAGACAUGAAUAUGCAACAAUGGGCUAAACCAGGGGUGGGCAAACCAUUUGACUUGCGGGCCGAAUUGGGUUCCAAGUUUUGACUGGGGGGGGCAAAACCAGGAGCAGAUGGAUGUAGUGUUUGUGUGAAGUAUUAUAAAUGGCAUGUAAAGGUUAUUGCAUCAAAGGUUUUGGCCUUUAGUAGGUAGUAAAGCAUGGAUAUUCGAAAAAAGCUUUUUGAAAACAAAUGCAUUUAUUAACCCCUUCGUGAGUCUUCACCCUAUCCUGGUGGAGGGGUUUGCGUGCCCCUAUGAUCCUAGGAGCCAUGUUGUCUGGGGCUUCAUGCCCUUAGUAGGGUCACCCAUGGCAAAAAGGUCCUAGGUGAGGGGCCAGACAAAGCACGGCUCACACAAGCCCCUUAUGACGAAAAACACAAAUGGACUUCAUUUUCCCUCGCCCGGACUCGGGUCACCGGGGCCUCCCUCUGGGGCCAGGCCUGGAGGUGGGGCUCGAAGGCUUGCUUCUUGUGGCCGGGCCUUCGCCCAUGUGGCUCGGCCGCGCAUAUCCCAAAAAGAAAAAUGGGUCCCCUUCCCAUGGGCUCACCACCUGUAGGAGAGGCCAAAGGGGUCGGGUGCAAAGUGAGCUGGGCGGCGGCCAAAGGCGGGGAACUUGGCGGUCUGAUCCCCGACUGCAGAGACUGGCUCAUGGGACAUAGAAUGUAACCUCUCGGGCUGGAAAGGAGCCCAAGCUGGUGUGUGAGGCAGAAAAGUUCCGACUAGACAUAGUCGGACUUGCUUCCACACAUAGUUUGGGCUCUGGUACAAGCCCUCUCGAGAGGGGGCUGGACUCUCUUCCACUCUGGAGUUGCCCACGGUGAGAGGUGUCGAGCAGGUGUGAGCAUACUUAUUGCCCCCUGGCUGGGCGCCUGCACAUUGGGGUUCACCCCGGUGAACGAGGGGGUAGCCUCCCUCCCCCUUUGGGUGGGGGGACGGGUCCUGACUGUUGUUUGUGUCUAUGCACCAAGCAGCAGCUCAGAGUAUCCACGCUUCUUGGGGUCCCUGGAGGAAGUGCUGGAGAGCACUCCUUCUGGGGACUCCAUCGUUCUACUGGUUGACUUCAAUGCUCACGUAGGCAAUGACAGUGAGACCUGGAAGGGCGUGAUCGGGAGGAAUGCGCCCCCCGAUCUGAACCCUCGGUUCUAUUAUUGGACUUAUGUGCUUGACACGGAUUUUCUAUAAUGAACACCAUGUUCAAACAUAAGGGUGUCCAUGUGUGCACUUGGCACCAGGACACCCUAGGUCGCAGUUCGAUGAUCAACUUUGUAGUCGUGUCAUCGGAUUUGCGGCCGCAUGUUUUGGACACUCGGGCAAAGAGAGGGGCGGAGCUGUCAACUGAUCACCACCUGGUGGUGGGUUGGCUCCGAUGGUGGGGGAAGAUGCCGGUCCGACCUGGCAGACCCAAACGCUCUGUGAGGGUCUGCUGAGAACGUGUGGCAGAAUCCCCUGUCAGGAAGAGCUUCAACUCCCACCUCCGGCAGAGCUUUUCCCACGUCCCGGGGAAGGCGGGGGACAUUGAGUCCGAGUGGACUAUGUUCCGUGCCUCCAUUGUUGAGGCAGCCGACCGGAGCUGUGGCCGUAAGGUCAUUGGUGCCUGUUGUGGCGGCAAUCCCCGAACCCGCUGGUGGACACCGGCGGUAAGGGAUGCCGUCAAGCUGAAGAAGGAGUCCUAUUGGGCUUUUUUGGCCUGCUGGACUCCGGAGACAGCUGACAGGUACUGGAUAGCCAAGCCGAACGCGUCUUCGGCGGUUGGUGAGGCAAAAGCCCGGGCGUGGGAGGAGUUUGGCAAGGCCAUGGAGAAUGACUUCCGGACAGGUUUUGAGGAAAUUCUGGUCCACCAUCCGGCGUCUCAGGAGGGAGAAGUGGGGAUGGCGUGCUGCUGACCUCGACUUGGGACGUCGUGAGUCUGGGGAGAAUACUUCGAAGACCUCCUCAAUUCCACCGACACGCCUUCCAUUGUGGAAGCAGGGCCUGGAGACUCUGAGGCGGACUCUCCAAUCUCUGGGGUCGAAGUCACUGAGGUAGUUAAAAAACUCCUCGGUGGCAAGGCCCCGGGUGGAUGAGAUCUGCCCGGAGUUCUUAAAGGCUUUGGAUGUUGUGGGGCUGUCGGGGACGGUGCCUCUGGAUUGGCAGACUGGGGUGGUAGUUCCCCUCUUUAAGAAGGGGAGGGUUUGUUCCAAUUACAGGGGAAAAGAACUCCUCAGCCUCCCUGGUAAGGUCUUUUCGGUCGUCCUAAUAUUUGCCACUAUGUGUCAAACCAAUUUGAGAUGACUUUCGCACAGCAUUGUGUUAACACUUAGAGUAAGAGGUUGGUCUGACAUUAAUGUGUUCAAGUGAAAUAUUCAAAGGUGAGGACAAAUGCUGAGCUUGGUACUGUGUGAUUAUUAUUUUUUCUUUAAAUUACAAAACAAUGUUCUGUCUCAGCCAACAAAUUGUUAUAAAUUCAAUGAUGAACUUUGAAAUUUGUCCCCAAUCCCUUACUUCCGGGUUCUCUGCCGGACGCCCUCUUCCUUCUCAGCCCAGACUCCCAAUACUUUUCAGGCUUGGACGAUUUUGUUUUCUCUAGCGUGGAACUCAUCUCCCUGACUCUAAAGUAAGUUUGAAUCUUUUAUUACACUGUCGAUCUUUUUUUUCACAGCCGGAGUGCCUGGGAGAGCGGAGGCUUCGUGGCCGUUUGUCUGCCGUCGAUCAUCGGACACAAAGUAUGGCUGCGGAUCAAGAGACAUUAGGCAUACCCGGGCCAUCUCGUCGUCCAUGGGCGAGAUUGCUGUAGUGAUAAGAGACCACGGAGACAUGGAAUACAACAACAUCCACACAAGGUGAGUAUAGCAGUAAUUGAGAACACAAGGGCUUUAUACUUCCCAAAAGCAGUCAUCCACUUGUUGUGCUCUUUCAUCCUCGCGUUGAGGGAUUGCAAGCUUGCAAUCACCUUCGUCAGGCUCCCAUCAGGGGCGGUGUCAUUCUGGAUGAAGGUGCAGCAUUGUUCCCUGAACAUUGCGCAGACCCUUCCUUUCCCAGACAACAACAUAACAAGAGCAUUGCGGUACAUAUACAAUUUUGGUUGACUACAUUCUCUAAAAGCAAUGUUUUCUUUUCUUUCUUUUUUUUCUUCAACAGAUAUUAUAUAGAACACUCUGUCGCACAUUUCACAAUCAGUAGACGUGGCAGAUUUCACACAAUCUUUUAUCAAUGGCAACGGUACAACAUAAAGAAUUGGUCGUGAACCCAUACACAUGACAUUCAUUAUUUGUCCUGUCUUUGCAGCUUGUUUUGCCAUUAGCAAUCAAUUGUUUAUUUUACCAGUUACUCUUAUAGUCACCUAAAACAAACUAUCCACAUUCAUUUUAGAGAUAGUGAUUCCAUCCUUUAACAUCUACAGCAGUUGUUGACAAAGUAUUAUUUCUUUACAACACGUUUUUGCCACUGUUAAGGCAUUCAGUGUUUAUUUUGAAGCCAAUUCAACCCAUUUUUAGAAUGCAUCUAUUAUGACCAGGCAUUAUAACCCUGUGGAUUGUGUUUAGCACAUGUUAAACAAGCUCUACAAAAAAAUUUUUAUAAACGUUUUUAAUAUGAAUCAAAUUCAUAUGUUUUAUAAAACUGACUGAACUGCCCUUCCAUCCCCCCUGUUGAGCCAGGUGUCAACGGCAUGUGACAACACCAUGGCUCAAUACAGCUGCCCAUUUGUAUCGUUUCCUUUCCUUUCUCAACGUAACAAUCCAAUCCACCAAUCGAAUAAAAAAAAGAAAAGAAAAAUCAACAAAAUAACUGCUGGUAAAGUAAUAUAAUAGUUAACUGUUGUAGUUUCUUAACUUUAACUAACUCAAUCGCUCUCUUAUUCUCAAAUUUUAAAUUUAGCUUUGAAAUGUCGUUAUUUCAUAAUUGUACAUCAUCCAAUUCCAGAAAGCAAGUUCUUUCCAUCUCUCAAAUUUUGUUUGACCAAGGCUAGGCAUUAAAGGAGCGUGGAGCAGUUUCUUCCCAUAAACAAAUUGCUCGCUUUUUUAUUUUUCCCUCCUAUCUUAACAAAAUCGUUUUUGUUUUGCGGUGCAAAUCAGAUAUAAAUAAUAAUAAAUAAAUUCUUUAGUGCACCUAUAUUAGCGAAUUUCAUCCUUUUAACACAUAACACAACACACAGACAACACAAAAACAGCAGAGACAAGCUCACAAACAAUACCAACAAACAACGCUGCGCAAACGCCAUCCUCUUUUUUGACGUUUUGGUUGUACCUUUUCUCUUUUUUUUUUUUCCUUUCCUCAGUGCCUUUUAUCCUUCGUGCAACUAUUGUCACACCUUCCCUAGGCAUCACCCUGCUUCAAUAUCACUUGCUACCACGCACUCAGCACACCCCUGGAGUGGGUACGACCCCACUCGGCGCGCAGCCACAGCAAGGGAAGCAAGAGGGGGGACCCGGCAUUUCCAUACUGAUUUAUCCCAGCCUGGCCAGUACUGGGACAAUCAAUGCCGUCGUCCCCCACCCGCGCCAACCCAGCAAACAGCUACCCGCAGAGUCCAGAGCCCCACACCUACAUCAGUCUCCCCCCCAAUCAAAUUACAAUAUCAAUCACCACAGGAGCCGGCUCCUACACCCUUUUCACACCACAAUACCACACUCCCCCCUCCACAGUCCAGUCUAAGUGGAGACAAUGGAAGGCAGGAAGGCACAGGUGAGACACUGGAGGAGCAAGCUCCAGCAGUCCUCCCACUAACCAAUUACAACAAACAACAAAAGCCCAAAUCACUUACGUCUGUUUGGGAAGUUCACAACAGCCAAACGUUACAAAUGACAAACCACAAGACGCAGGUCUUGGAACCACAUCAACGACCGCCAAACGCAAAUGCCGGGUCAAGGACUGUUCUUCGUCUGUUCUUUGCAACUCUUGUCAAAAGCAACCUUUAUUUUUCUUUCGUUUGUAUUUGUUUCUUUUUUCUUCUUUCCUUUCUAGCAUCUAACUUACUCAAAAUCAUUCUUCCUUCAAAGUCGCUCAACUACUUGUCCAUAGCAGUCUCCAACAACUUCAACCAUUCAACCUGUAUUUUCCCUUCAGUCGGGCAUUCAGUCAUCAAUGCUCAUUUGCAUCUCACACACAGCCUCCAAAAAGGAGUCUUCCUAUCACAUUGGUCCCAAUUCAUCCAAGCUCUCCACACAACAUUCAUAUACCAUUUCCAAAUCAAGGUUCCCGAUAGAACAAUCCACCAAUCCAAAAAAAACUCAACACAAAAAAAACUGCUGGCAAAUUAAUCAGAAUCUUUCCUUUGUUUUCAAAUUUAAAGAACUCAACCUCUCAGAUUUAAAGUCAAAGUCAAAGUCAGCUUUAUUGUCAAUCUCUCCACAUGUCACAACACACAAAGAGACCGAAAUGACGUUUUUCUCUAUCCCACGGUGACGAGACACAUAACACGAUAGACAUACAUGUACGCGACACAAUAUAAAAACAAGAAGGCAAAAAUUCAAACAAUCAAUAGUAAGAGUGAUGAAUAAAUAAUAAAUAAACAGAUAACACAAUAAAUAACGGAGCCAGCAAGCAUAGCGCAAAAGUAAAAAACAUCAUAAACAAAAAGGCACAAACAAUAAAUAAGAGUAAUAAUAAAUAAUAAGAGCCAGUGUGCAUUCAGACAGUUCAGACAGUAAAAGUACAGGACGCUACGCAGAACGGGGGAGCGAGUUCAGGAUCCUAACAGCCUGGAGUAUGAAGCUGUUUGAGAGUCUGGAGGUGCGGGAGCGCAGGCUUCUGUACCUCUUCCCAGAGGGCAGAAGCUCGAACAAAGAGUGAGCGGGGUGACUCGCAUCACUCACAAUCGUGGUCGCCUUGCGGGUGAGAUGGGAGGUGUAAAUGUCCUUCAAGGAGGGGAGCGAAGCACCAGCAAUCUUACCAGCAGUGUUCACUAUGCGCUGCAGGGCCUUCAAGUUGUAGUCAGUGCAGCCGCCACCCCAAACAGCAAUACAGCUGGAGAGGACGCUCUCAAUGGUGCCGCGGUAAAAUGCAGUCAUGACGGCCGGAGGAGCGCUCGCUCGCCUGAGUUUCCGCAGGAAGUACAGGCGGCGCUGGGCUUUCUUUGCCAGUGAUGCGGUGUUGGUGG